AUGGACACGUUGAUAUCCACGCUUCCGGGGAUCGAUCCGCCGUCGCCGCGCACCCGCCGUCCUACGCCGCCGCCCCACGUCAACCCGCCAAAGAGGGAGAAGAAGUCGCAGAAGGAACGACGCAGGAAUGUUACUAAGUUCGUUAAUCAGCCGCCGGAUCCACUCUAUUACUUUGAGGAUGGCCUGAGAAAGGUCCACCCGUAUUACUUCACGUUCAAUACGUUCUGUAAAGAACGCUGGAGGGGGAUGACGCUGCUAGAGGUCUUCAGCAGCGAGUUUAGGGAUCGCCCGGUCGAGUACUAUAGAGAUGCCAUCGCGGCGGGCACCGUCUACGUCUCAGGCACGGACCGGGGCUCGGUGCUUGCCGCGUCGCCGCGGUCAGGCCUUGACACGAUCGUCAAGAACGGCGACAUGAUCUCGCACACUAUGCACCGGCACGAGCCGCCGGUCACCGGCGAGCCGAUCGGUAUCGUGUUCGAAGACGACAACAUCAUGGCCAUCUCGAAGCCUGCUGGUGUCCCUGUACACCCCACCGGCAGGUACAAUUACAACUCGGUCACUGAGAUUUUGAGGUCCAUGAGGCCGGGGUUUAAUCCACUGCCGUGUAAUAGGCUGGAUAGGUUGACGAGCGGGCUCAUGUUCAUUGCAAAGACGAGGGAGGGCGCCGACGCCUUCAUGAACCAGAUGCAAGCGCGGACGAUACGGAAGCAAUACGUGGCGCGGGUGAAGGGGGAGUUUCCGAAAGAAGACAUAGUGUGCGACCAGCCGAUCCUCCAGAUCUCGCCGAAGCUCGGACUGAACCGCGUCAAGGCGGACGGCAAGCACGCAAAGACGCUGUUCCGGCGGCUGCACUACAACGCGGAGAAAGACUACAGCAUCGUCGAGUGCCACCCGUACACAGGGCGCACGCACCAGCUGCGCGUACACCUGCAGUUUCUGGGCCACCCCAUCUCCAACGACCCCAUCUACUGCAACCGUAAGGUGUUCGGUGCGAACCUGGGCAAGGGCGGCGAGGGCGACGACGAGGAUAUCAUCACCCGCCUCAACCGCAUGGGCAAGAGUGAGGUCGCGGAGGCGGAGGCGUACCACGACGAGAUGAUGUCGGACCAUGCUAGGAAGAAGGCCGAGAAGAUGACAGGCGGCCUCUGUGAUAUCUGCGAUACCCCGCUGUAUUCGGACCCGGGCCCCCACGAGCUGGGCAUAUAUCUCCACGCUAAGAGGUAUGCCUGCGAGGAUGGAACGUGGGAGUACGAAACCAGUCUGCCUGAGUGGGCGACUGCAACCCAGCCAACCAAUCCAUACAGCCUUCCCGUCCCGUGUCUGACGCUUCCCGUGGGGGCGGGGGGUGGAGGGUGGAGGGGGGCGGAAAAGGGCGGCUAG